AUGGCUGCAGGAGUGAUCAGGAACCUGGCAGAGUUCAGGCUGCCCGCUUCCUUCCAACACUCAUUCCUCCACCCCACCCCAUCCCAGGACAUGGACUUCCAAGACCUGUCAGAGGAGGAGGAGGAGGAAGAGGACUACGAUGUGGAAGAGGACAGCCCUCCCUGUCACAGUCCUGGCACAGAGGGGCAGAAAGUCACAGCUGGUUGCAGCCAGAGUGACGCAGAAAUGACCCUGCAGCUCCUGAAGUUCUCCGAGCUGAUCAGCUGCGACAUCCAGAGAUACUUUGGAAGGAAGGCCAAGGAUGAGGACCCCGACUCCUGCAACAUCUACGAGGACUGCUUCUCUCCCCGCCGGCUGGGGCGGGAGCUGUACUACGCAGACCUGAUGCGACUCGCCCAGAGCGGCGAGCUGGAUGACGAGGAUGCCCAGGGCCCUGCGGCACCCCCGGGGCAGCUCGACCAGAGGGUCUGGAGGUCCAUUUGUAACAAGGACGGGGCACAGAAGCUAGGGCCAUUAGCGGAGCUCUUCGAAUACGGCUUGCGCCGCUUCCUCAAGCGGAGGGCGGCUGACGGCAGGAAGCUGCGGCUGGAGAAGAAGUAUGCCCACAUCAUGCCCAUGCACAAGAGGAAGCUGCCACAGUCCUUCUGGAAGGAACCGUCACCCAGCCCCCUGUGCAUCCUCAACACAAACCCACCUGACUUCAGCGACCUCCUGGCCAACUGGACAUCAGAGCCCGGGCAGGAGCUGCCCAGCACCAGCAGGGAGCUGGCUGGGGAGCUGGCCAGGCCGGCCAUGGAAACCGAUCAGUUCAGUGUGCUGUGA